AUGUCCACGAACGCCCCAGCAAUGGCUCAACAAUGGUCUGUGAUGGGCCAGAACGGGAUCGAAUCCCUGGUAUACAGCCAAGUGCCAUGGCCAACGCUUGGGGACAAUGAGGUUCUUGUUCAGAUCCGAGGUGCCUCUUUGAAUCCCCGUGACCUGAUGAUUACUCGCGGUCAAUACCCCUGGACUGUCAAGCUGGGCGUGGUGCCCGGCUCUGACGGCGCUGGUGUUGUAGUAUCAGUCGGUCAGAGCGUUACUCGGUUCCGGCCUGGAGAUAAAGUAGUUACUAUGCUGAACCAAAAGCACAUCGCCGGUUCUCUGAACGCCGAAAUCGCGCAGGUUGGAACUGGUGCCUCGGUCAACGGUACCUUUUGUUCUGCAGGAGUGUUUGACGAGCACGCAUUGGUAGCAAUGCCCGAUGGAUUAACUUUUGUUCAAGCCGCUACGCUGAGCUGUGCCGGGCUUACGGCUUGGAAUGCGCUGUUUGGGCUACGCGGGAAGCAACUCACUGCAGGGCAAUGGAUUCUGGUCCAGGGCACAGGGAGCGUUAGCCUCUUUGCGCUCCAGUUUGCGCGAUCCAUUGGCGCCAAAAUUAUCGCCACGACCAGCUCGCCCGACAAAGUCGGCUUUCUCCGCCAGCUCGGCGCCGACCAUGUCAUCAACUAUCGGGAAUCCCCAAAGUGGGGAGCCGUCGCUAAAGAACUGACAGGUGGAUGCGGAGUGGAUCUCGUCGUCGACACCGCGGGCCCGGCCACUUUGCGGGAAAGUGCAGCUAGCGUGAAGCUUGACGGGACAAUCGCAGUGAUCGGUAUCGCUGGUGGCAACUCAGAAGGACAGGAGAUGCCCAGUCUACUAGAGGCCUGGCUUAAUCUAUAUACUGCGCGUGGUGUUUGGGUUGGUAGUCGGGUACAGAUGGAGGAGAUGUGCCGCUGGAUCAACGCCAACCCUAACUUCCGGCCUGUUCUCGAUCGCAAGGUUUUCAAGCUUAGCCAGCUGAAAGAUGCCUACGAGUAUGUGGCGUUGGGAAAGAAUCUGGGAAAAGUUUGUAUUGAAAAUGACUGGGACUAG